GCUUCUGUUCCCGUUCCCCUUAUUACUCCAUACAAGUUGGGCUAUUUCAAUCUAUGUUUAUGCGUUGCUGUUGUACUGUUUGCUGCAUCACUUGUGGAGUUGUCCUAUUGAGAAAAGGUUACGUAAGUCCCUUAGUCCUAUUUCCAGUUAAAUUGCAAUUCGUUUUGUUUUUCGUCCCUCAACACCAUGCCAUCCUCUAUUACUCUCAGAGAGCUUCCAACGGAGGCCUUCUCAUUGCAGAAGCUACUGGUGUUUCUGACACUGCUCAAGGCUAUCCCCAAACGCCUGGCACCUUGGAAGCAAGGAAUGCUAUCCAUGGGGCUCAUGGCUACCUGCUCGAGCAAUUUAUGAAAGAUAAGGUGAAUGACCGAACGGAUGUAUACGGUGGAUCCCUUGAGAACCGUUGCCGAUUUACUUUGGAAGUUAUUGAAGCUGUUGUUAAUGAGAUAGGGACUAAUCCAGAUUUGCCAAAGAGAUUUCUGCUCAAUGCUCCUCUCAACAAGUAUAACCGGGAGACAUUUUACAUUGAUGAUCCGGUACCCCUUUCUUGAAUGAAGAAACCAAUGCUGUAGCAUGGAAGGGUAGGCUCUCCAAUUUUAAUAAGCUAUUCUUCCUUUGCUCAUUCCUAUCUGCAAUUUGCUUGGUCAGUGUAAGGAUGCUUAUAUUCACAUAUUCUUUACAUACUUCUCUGCUAACACUUUGGAACCAGUUGGGACAUCUUCUAAAUGUGAGGGCAUGCAGUAUGUAUGACUAGUAUUGUUUUAAUAAUGUCACUGGAUCCCCAUUAUG